CUUUUAUUUUAUCAGGUUUCCUCCGGUCUUGUCCAGACUAGAUUACGUCCAGCUAAUCCAUGUUCACUAAUUUGAUGGCAGAUGAGUGAUGACCACCCUUUUGUUAUUCCUGAGAUGGAACCGACUCUUCGCAAGCAGAUUCAGGAAUGCAAUUGGCAGGUUGUCAAUGUUACUACUCCUGCAAAUUACUUCCAUGUUAUGCGGCGUCAGAUACACAGGGAAUUUAGGAAGCCUCUUAUUGUGAUGGCUCCUAAAAACCUGCUUCGGCACAAGGACUGCAAAUCAAAUCUAUCUGAAUUUGAUGAUGUCCAGGGUCACCCAGGUUUUGACAAACAGGGAACCAGAUUUAAGCGCCUAAUAAAGGAUCAGAAUGAUCAUUCUGACCUUGAGGAGGGCAUUAGACGACUAGUUCUUUGCUCUGGGAAGGUUUAUUAUGAGCUUGAUGAAAAGCGCAAAAACAAAAAAGCGAAGGAUGUUGCAAUAUGUAGGGUGGAGCAGCUUUGCCCCUUCCCAUAUGACCUUAUUCAGAGAGAACUGAAGCGAUAUUCGAAUGCUGAGAUCGUCUGGUGUCAAGAAGAGCCAAUGAACAUGGGUGCGUACAGUUAUAUUGCACCACGCCUCUACACUGCCAUGAAGGCUCUGCAAAGAGGAAACUUUGAUGACAUAAAGUACGUCGGCCGGCCUCCAUCAGCUGCCACGGCCACUGGUUUCUAUACUGUUCAUCAAAAGGAACAAGCGGAGCUUGUGGAGAAAACGAUACAGCCUGAGCCAAUUCAGUUUCCCUGAGAAACCCCUUUAAAGAUGAGAUAAAUUUGCAAUAGGGAACGUCAACAUUUUUUGAGAAUUUUAAGUUUCUUCUCAAAGCCCCUCUAAAUCUCGAUUUAGAUGGUUGUUUCUUUUCCAUAUUCCCGUACAAUUAAGUCAAUAUGGUGUUACGUGCAAAGUUGAAUAGCAUCUCGGAAUAUAUAGACUUGGAUAUGUUUUACUUCACCUUUUUCUCUUGCUGCGCAAGAGUUUCAGAAUGUAAUAAAUAUAUGCUGCCUUUAUCCUUGUAAAAACAAGAUUGAGGAUAACUCUUUGUUAUAAUUUCAUUGCAACUGCGUUGUUAUUUGUCA